GCACCUUGGUCCUCGAGACUGCGGCCAAUAUUCUUUUCCACACAUAUCUGGGCAUCGAGGCUGGAACAUGCGCCAUGCUCAACCCGACGACCCACGAGCUCAUCUUCAUCCGUGUCUGUGUCUUCUUUCUCACAUACCUGCCGUGCAUCAUACCUUUUCUGCCCCGUCCCUUCUGGCUCCUCCUGCCCAUCGAGGCACUCUACUACCUGCUCAUCCUCCGGCCCUUUGAGCGUCGUCUGUCGCUUCAAGCCAGCCACCCGCCAUACCUUGCCGACAGGCAGGCUCUCUUCCGGCGAUGCCUAGAGAACAUCCCCGACCCCGAACGCUACUUGAGCCUGUGGGCUUUGGGCGCACAUCCCAACGAUAUCAGGCGCGACAACGUCAAGGACUUUCUGCUCUGGGCCUUCUUUGAUCGCCCAGACACCGUCCCGGCCAUCGAGGACGAGCUCGAGGGCUACGUCGACCGGACCGAAGAGCUCCUCGGCCGCCCCCUCGCGCCGGGCAGGGGCAGUGCUGUGCCCAUGCGGCUAACCCUCGACCAUGUCCCUACAAGGUAUCGCAGUGUUGUCUGGUACAUGGUCGUCGGCCUGGUUGAUGCCGCUACCCACCUCCACCUCGCCUGCCACGGCUUCGACUUCUGGCCCAGCCCCCUGCGCACAAACCUGCUGCACGUCUUCCCGCCCCGCCUGCUAGCCUCGGCCGAGCUCCUCAGGCGCCAUUCACCCUCCCAAGAGCUCUGCUACUGGUACCGCCGCCCUUCCACAUCCACAGGCACCGAGCCCACCCUUCCCGUCGUCUUUCUCCACGGCAUCGGCAUCGGCCUCCACCCCUAUGUCCCCUUUCUGGCCUCGCUGCCACGGACCAGCCCCAUCAUCGCCCUCGAGAUACUCCCAAUCAGCAUGCGCCUGACCAGGUCUAACAUCCUGGCAAGACCGGACUUCCUACGACACCUAAGGGACAUCCUCCGCCACCAUCGCAUCCACCACUUCGUCCUCGUCGGGCACUCCUACGGCACCGUCAUGGCCACACAUGUCCUACACGACUUGGAGCUGAGCCAGCGCGUCCAAGGUGUCGUGUUGGUUGACCCCGUCACCCUUCUGUUACACUUGCCGGACGUGGCCUACAACUUCACAAGGAGGUCUCCCCGGACGGCCAAUCAAGUCCAGCUUUGGUACCUCGCGAGUAUGGACCCAGGGAUUGCUUUGGUUCUGGGGCGGCACUUUUUCUGGAAGGAAAACAUCAUUUUCAAGGAGGACCUGGUCGCAGGCCGCCAAGCAGCCGUCUGCCUCUCGUCGCGCGAUCUCAUCGUCGACACCAUGGCGGUGGUGCGAUACCUCACCAGUGAUGACAAUGAAGCUUCCAAUGUUCUAGAGGCGGCCAAGGAGUCGAGCACCAUGACAAGCUCGGGUAUUGAACUCCUCUGGGUCGAGCUAGACCACGCUCAGGUCUUCGACAUGAGCUAUAACUACAACCGGCUCGUAGAGACGAUUCGCCGAUUCGCCACCAAGUGAGCACUGGAUGCGUACCUCCUAGAACUCAAUCAAGCAUGGUAGAAUGAGUGCUUGCUCCUGGCUGCUCUCCAUGUCUUGUCCAGUUGUAUGUCUCACUGUG